AAAGAGGAGGGUGUUUAAAGAUAACUCAUCUGUUGCUCUCACACACUCACACAGAUCUGUACGAUCCUCUCCAUCCGACUGGAUCCGGCUGCUCUUCUGGAUUUAUUGGCUGAAGAUUCGGGACGCUUUCGGGUCACAGCAGCUUCAGUCCAUGAGAAAAGAAAGAGACAGACAGAAGAGUUUAUCAGCGUCAUUCUGAAGUUUCUCUUUGUUUGUAUCCUGUAGAGACACUUUCCACCAAACUGACAACAGAAGUCUUUGAUCCACAAUGCGGCCCCCCAAAAUCCAUCGGGUCACGCUGCUAAUGACCGCCGUAUCCUGUGUGCUGAUUGGUAGUGGAAACUGUCAAUCAAACUCAUCCAAUGGCUUCCAGCUCUCAGAUGACCCGACGACGGCCGUCCGCCGCUCGGGUCACGAAUCUCCGACGCUGCCCUCGGGGUCGAACCGCGUGACCUCUGACCCCAGAGCUGUCCGUCAAGCGGGCCGUCUUCCGGGGAACGGGUCGGUGCGCAUCCGGCCUCUGUCGCUGCCCCCGGCGUGUCUACGGAGGACGUACAUCGAGGGCUUGUUCAAAUACGUCAACACGGUCCUGUCCUGCCUCAUCUUCGUGGUGGGGAUGGUGGGAAACGCCACGCUGCUGAGGAUCAUCUACCUCAACAAGACUAUGAGAAACGGACCCAACGCUCUGAUCGCCAGCCUGGCGCUGGGAGACCUCAUUUACAUCGCUAUCGACAUACCCAUUAAUGUCUAUAAGCUGCUGGCGAUGCGGUGGCCGUUUGAUGACAGUGUGUUCGGACUGUUCCUGUGCAAACUCAUGCCGUUUCUACAGAAAGCAUCAGUAGGAAUAACGGUUCUCAAUCUGUGUGCGCUCAGUGUGGACAGGUAUCGUGCGGUAGCGUCAUGGAGUCGUGUUCAAGGUGUGGGGAUCCCUGCGUCCACAGCGGUCGAGAUUGUGUGCAUCUGGCUGCUGGCUGUAGUUUUGGCUGUUCCAGAGGCCAUCGGCUUCCAAAUGGUCAGUUUCGAAUACAAUAAUGUCACCAUCCGCACCUGCAUGCUGAAACCAGAGACGUCGUUCAUGACGUUCUACAGGGACGUGAAGGUUUGGUGGUUGUUUGGAUUUUAUUUCUGUGUCCCGCUGGUUUGCACGGCCGUCUUUUACACACUCAUGACCUGUGAGAUGCUGAGCAACAGGAAGGGCAGUCUGAAGUUUUCUCUGAGCGAACACCUCAAACAGAGGCGUGAGGUGGCGAAGGCUGUUUUCUCUCUGGUGCUGAUCUUCGCUCUCUGCUGGUUUCCGCUGCAUCUCAGUCGCAUCCUGAAGAAGAUGGUUUAUUUUCAGAACGACGUCGGCCGCUGCGACCUCCUGAAUUUCUUGCUUGUGUUCGAUUACCUGAGUAUAAAUCUGGCCACCAUCAACUCCUGCAUCAAUCCCAUAAUCCUCUACUUCGUCAGCAAGAAGUUCAAGAACUGCUUCAGGUCGUGUUUGUGUUGCUGGUGUUAUCCGGCCGGCUCGUUGUUGAGCAGCGUCGUGCCCCUGAACGGGACCAGCUUCCAGUACAAGAGCCCUGAUCAGAACGGCUUAUCGGACCGCACCGCGUUACGCAAGGACAGCUACAACUGACCUCAACCACACACACUGUUUCAACUACAGAGAUAUGAACAUAUAUAUUUAUGAUUAAAACUAUUGCACUGGUUCAUUGUGCCUACUAUUAUGAAAGUGCAUCUUUUUAGUGUGCAUCAUAUAUUGUAAAAUAAACAUGCAUUUAAAAUGUGCCGUAAGUGAUUUCAGAUGUUUCACAAACUGCCCAGCUAACAGGGAAUGUUCUCAGAACGUUCUGGAAAGGUUCUUAAUAAACGUUAUAAUUUAACAGUAAAAAAAGGUAAAAAGUUAUUUCAUUCAGUUAUUUCAUAACUUUCAUUCAAAGUUAUCCAGUCUUUAAUAACAUUUUCAAAAUGUUAGCACAAAGUUCAAAGAACAUUUUUUCUGAACAUUCAUUAUGAACAUUUUUCAAAUGUUAGACAAACUAAGGUUCUCAAAACGUUAACAAAACAACAUUAUUAACAUGUUUUUUCUGUAACAUUUAAGUUGGACAUUUACCUAAUGUUUUUUAAUGUUAGAUAAACGAAUAAAGUUUAAUAAUAAUAACGUUUUUUAUUUAUACAUCAAUUAUUGAACUUUUUUUUCUGAAAUGUUUUGGAUGUUUUUCGAAAUAUUUUCUAAUGUUAGACAAACUCAAUGUUAACACAAAAACGUUAUUUAUGUGUCAUACGUGAAAGACUUUUUUUGAAACGUUUUAGUUGGACAUUUAGCUAACGUUUUUUCUUAUGUUAGACGAACUAAUAAUCUCAAAAAGUUUGCACAAAAACAUUAUUUAUACAUCAAUUGUUGAUCCUUUUUUUCUGAAACGUUUUGGACAUUUUUCUAAAAAUUGUAGACAAACUCAAUAUAACACAAAAACAUUAUACGUCAUUCAUGAAACACUUUUUCUGAAACGUUUUAGUUGGACUAACUUUUUUAUUAAAUGUUAGACAAACUAAUAAAGUUCUCCGAAAGUUAGCACUAAAACGUUAUUAAAACAUCAUUCGUUGGACGUUUUUUAAAAAAUUUCUAAUAGUAGGCAAACUAAUAAUGUUCUCAAAACGAACACAAAGACGUUAUUUAUGCAUCAUUCAUGAAACACUUUUUCUGAAAUGCUUUAGUUUGAUGUAGCUAACUUUUUUUUAACUUAAACUAAUAAAGUUCUCAAAAAAGUUAGCACAAAAACGUUAUUUAUACAUCAUUCGUUGAACGUUUUUUUGAAAAAGUUUUGGAUUUUCUAAUUUUAGACAAACUAAUAAUGUUCUCAAAACGUUAACACAAAAAUGUUAUUUAUGCAUCAUUCAUGAAACACUUUCUGAAACAUUUCAGUUGAACGGUGAGCUAACAGUUUUUUUUAAAUGUUAAACAAACUAAUAAAAGUUCUCAAAAAGUUUGCACAAAAACGUUAUUUAUACAUCAUUCAUUGAACGUUUUUUCAAAACAUUUUUAGAUGUUUUUCUAACAAUUUUCUAAUUGUAGACGAACCAAUAAUGUUCUCAAAACGUUAACACAAAAACUUUAUUUAUACAUUAUUCAUCAAACAUUUUUUCUGAAACGUCUUAGUUGGACAUUGAACAUUUUUUUUUUAAAUGCUAGACCAACUAAUAAAGUUUUUAAAAAGUUAGCACAAAAACGUUAUUUAUACAACAUUCGUUGAAUGUUUUUUCGAAAAAAGUUUAGAAGUUUUUUCUAAUUUCUAAUAGUAGACAAACUAAUAAUGUUCUCAAAAUGUUAACACACAAAGACGUUAUUUAUGCAUCAUUCAUGAAUCACUUUUUCUGAAAUGUUUUAGUUUGAUGUUGAGCUAACUACAUUUUUUUUUAAACUUAGACAAACUAAUAAAGUUCCCACAAAAUUAGCGCAAAAACAUUAUACAUCAUUCGUUAAAUGUUUGUCAGAAAUAUUUUUUUUAACAUUUUGAUUUUCUAAUGUUAGACAAACUAAUAAUGUUCUCAAAACGUUAACACAAAAUUUUUUUAUUUUUGCGUCAUUUAUGAAACACUUUCUGAAACGUUUUAGCUAGACGUUGAGGUAACAUUUUUUUAAUGUUGGACAAACUAAUAAAGUUCUUACAAAAUUAGCACAAAAACAUUAUAGAUCAUUCAUUGAAUAUUUUUUUUCAGAAACUUUUGAAACAUUUUUUGUUAGACAAACUAAUAAUGUUCUCAAAAUGUUAACACAAAAACAUUAUUUAUGCGUUUGGAGCAAACUUUUUUUGGACAAAAUGUUGGACGACCUAUUGAAGUUUUUUAAAAAGUUAGCACAAAAACGUUAUUUGUAGCUCAUUUGUUAAACGUUUUUUCGGAAACGUUUUGGACAUUUUCCUAACUAACUUCUUAUUUUAGACACACUAAUAAUGUUCUCAAAACGUUAACACAAAAACGUUAUUCAUGCGUCAUUAAUGUAACAAUUUUUCUGAAACGUUUUAACUUGACAUUGCGCUAACAUUUUUUUUUUUAUUAUUAAAUGUUAGACAAACUAAUAAAGUUUUUGAAACGUUAACACUAAAACAUCAUUUACACAUCAUUCAUUGAACGUUUUUCUAAAACGUUUUAGAUGGGUGUUUGUCUACAUUUUUGAAAUGUUACUGCUUGUUUCAGAGAACUUUUAAAAGUAACGUUCUAAUGUUUUCAAAAUUAUUAAAUGGGAUCUUACCAUAACAUUCACAUAACUAAGGAAAAAACUUUUUUAAAACAUUUAAAUGUUUAGAGAACGUUCAAAUGUUAUAACAUCAUGGGAACAUUAGCAAAACGUUCUUAGAACGUUGUUUUGUUAGCUGGAUGGCAACAGAAUUAAGGCUUAUUCACAUCAAAGAAGGUAACUAUAAAAUGUUGAUAAUCCUUCUAAUUCUAUGAAAGUAGUGGCAAAGAGGAAGGAUAUCGUUGUAAUUACUCUCAGAAUUAUUUAUUUUUUCACAGCUGAUGAGCGAUAAAAACAUUGACAGCCGAUCAAAAUCUACCCGAGUUGAAAAAAUAAUAAAAUGUGAACAAAAAAUCUCAUAUUUACAAGUAUUUACAUUGUCAUGUGCAACAUAAAUUUACAUAAAUCGCCUCAUGGAGGAGAAAUGGCCAUAGAAAAUCGGUUUACUCACGUCACGCAUAUCCUCAAUGAACUUGUUUGCAACAGAAAUGUUUAUAUCAGCAUUAUUAGCUCGUGCCACCGGUCUGUUAAUCGCAGUCAGUCUUCCCGCCACUUUCUUUCUUUGUUGACGUUUGGUUAUUGUUUGCGUUAAGAAAAACAACUGCGUCGACGAAAACGUGACUCAGGCGUUAUUUACAUGGCGUUUCAUACGCGGGAAACAUGGCGUUUUCAAACCGGAAAGUGAAGCUAUUUAUUAGAAACAGUAGAAUAAAGUAACAUUAAAUCACAUACAUUAAAAUUUAAACGCACAUUACAUUUCUAUAGAGAUAAUGACGGCUGUUUUGCUAAUCUAGCUAUGUUAUUUUAGUUAUUUAGUCAGUAGCCCUGAAAACAGCUGUGAGAAGACGUUAAAAUGAAGUGUCCUCUUGUUUAAGAUGUUGUAAAUAAAUAUUUGAAGUGUGUUUAUCCAAGUCCCAGUGUGUGGUCUGUUGGUUAUGAAACUGCCACUUUAGAGACAGGAUUAUAGUUUUAUUCCCACAGAACUGCCUUUCCAUUAGUGGGAAGCGGAAAGAUUUAUUCCCCCAGGAAAUCUUUUCUAUACGGUUACGAGUUAAACGGUUAAA